GCGACCUUAGACUAGCAGAGGCAGCCAAAUAUUUGCCAAACUAGCAAUCGUCGGAAGAAGUUAAAAUAAUAUACCGGUAAAAAAAAAAAAUCAUUACACUUGAGCUGCUUACGUGUAUGUUAAGGGUUUAGGUUUCCGUGUAAACAGGAUGUCAACUCCAGCAAGACGACGUUUAAUGAGAGAUUUUAAACGGCUGCAAGAGGAUCCUCCAGCUGGAGUUAGUGGGGCCCCGUCAGAAAACAAUAUCAUGGUGUGGAACGCCGUCAUUUUUGGACCGGAGGGAACACCUUUUGAAGAUGGAACCUUCAAACUUACCAUUGAAUUCACAGAGGAAUAUCCAAAUAAACCUCCAACAGUGCGAUUUGUCUCCAAAAUGUUUCAUCCGAACGUGUAUGCAGAUGGAAGCAUAUGCUUAGAUAUUCUUCAGAAUCGUUGGAGUCCAACUUACGAUGUCUCUUCAAUCUUAACUUCAAUACAGUCUUUACUGGAUGAGCCAAAUCCAAACAGUCCAGCCAAUAGCCAAGCAGCCCAGCUGUACCAGGAAAACAAGCGGGAGUACGAGAAGAGGGUUUCUGCUAUUGUUGAACAGAGUUGGCGUGACUGUUGACCCCUGUUAUUGUUUGAGUACGAACAAUAUCCAGCCCAUAAUCAAGAAAACAACUGGUCUCACAAAAAUAAAAUGACACAUCUUAAAAUCCUUCAGUAUAUUUGUCCCAGAACUGUUGCUAAGUUUGUAUGCUGUUGUGUUGUGGCAUUCACUCCUGCCAAAUGCUAUUGUUGGGCAAUAGCGUAUGUUUGUUAAAAGUUAAUGUACCUUGUUAUAUCUGGGUUACUCUUGAUAUAUGCCCCAUUGUUAUUUUUUUUUUUCUUUUUUUAAUGGCAAUAGCCAGACUCAGUUGUCACCUUUCUACCUGUUUAUUUAUACUUGAAGUAAACCGGUUGGAUGAUAAUGUGACAGUUAAUUAGAUGUGUUUGCUGUGUGGUUUUCUGUGUAGAUACGAGUUCAUAUCUACAAAAAACAAAGCUGUUUUUAGGUGUUUCUGUUUCAGUGGCCUCACUCCUUUUGGUUUUAUUUCUUUCUGCCUUUUGAAACCCUUUCAGUGGAAUAGAAAAUUAACCUGGCAUGGAAGUUGUCCAUUCAACAGAUGCCUUUGGGGGUUAUUUUUUCUCUCAGAUGUACUUGUAAAGCCAUGCCUUUUGAUUUUUAAAAAUGUUCUAGAUAUUGGUGAAUAUAUUUGUCCCUCUUCCAACACAGAAACAAGACAUUCAGUACCCUUUCCAGGUCCUUCACUUUGUUUCAUGCGGUUUCAUAAUGCUGACAUUCAAAAGCUGUGUGAGAACAUUUCUAUGCUAUUUUACAAUCUUACAAAUCAGCUGUCAUACUAGGCUGAUUGUGUGCCGAUUGUGUCUGUUUUCAGAUUAUAAAUCGUUGCACUGGUAACCCAUGUAACAAACUGUACAUUUUCUUGUAUAUAAAAUAAAUAUGCAAAAGUU